AUGGCCUCCUCGGAUGCUCCCGCCGCAACAGCGGCUCCUACUGAAGCCCCAAAGGCAUACACGGAGACUGCACAGGCCCACGAAGGCGCAGAUACUACCAAACUAGAUGCCACGACAAGGAACGAGCCAUUCGACACUGCUGCCAUAUCAGCUUCGCCCGUCGAUACUACCAUUGGCAGCGGCACAAGCCUGGGCUUGACUGGCCCGCCGGCUGAUGCGAUCCCCAACCAGGACGACACGAACCCCUUGGACUUCCAAGGAGAUGUGCAGACCAACAACAACCUGCCUUCACAGGAGACACUGCGCAAGCUCGAAAAGUACACGGUUCUAGACGAGAGCGGCAAGUCGCAUACCUUCAAGAGUCUGUACACGGGGCCCAACGUGGCCCGGCGUGUGCUGAUCAUAUUCAUCCGCCACUUCUUCUGCGGUAACUGCCAAGAAUACCUCCGCCACCUCUCCGCGGCGAUCCCUCCCGAGUCCCUCCUCCAGCUCCCCGUCUCGACCUCCAUCGCCGUCAUCGGCUGCGGCUCGCACAAGCUCAUCCAGGCCUACCUGCAACAGACGGGGUGCCCGUACCCCGUGUACGCCGACAACACGCAGCACCUGUACAAGGAGCUGGGCAUGAUCCGGACCCUGGCGGCGGGGGACCGGCCCGCCUAUAUGCAGCACAAGAGCAUGGCGCAGACGGUCUUCUCGGGGAUCGCGCAGGCGCUGAAGCAGGUCAAGAGCGGGCUGGUGCUGCAGAUGGGGGACCAGAAGCAGGUGGGCGGGGAGUUCCUGUUCGAGCCGGCGAGCCUGAGCGUCGAGAGCCCCAUCGCGACGCCGCACGAGCUGUCCGCGGGCGCCGCCGACCGCGACCCGCUGGGCGACCUCGACGACCGCGCCGCCGACAAGAGGGGCGAGGAGAAGAAGGUCACCUGGUGCCACCGCAUGCGCAACACGCGCGACCACGUCGAGAUCCCCGAGCUCGUGGACGUGCUGGGCCUCGAGGGUCCCGAAGACCAGGCCGGCGGGGCGUCGUCGUCGUCCGCACCAGCGGCGGCAUCACAGAGGGCCGGCUCGACCAAGAGCGGCAAGGCCGGGCGCCACGAGGAGAGGUGGGCAAAGGCCACGAGGGAGCGCAAGGGCACCGGUCUGAGCAUGGCCAGCCAGAUGAGCCGCAUGAGCAUGGACGCCAAGGGGUAUGGGCAGGCGCCGCCGCCGCCGCCAGAGGCUGUUAAGCCAUUGCGGCUAUCCCAAGAGGAGAACUUAUGA